UCACGUGACUGGGCCUUCGGUUGUUUGUCAACAGUGUAGUAGCGUCCGCUCGAGGAAACUGAGCGCAGUCAGUCGUUGUGAGGUUUCUGAACUCUCACCAUGUUAAGCUAGAAUUGAUAGGUUUAAACGGCUUAGUUUGUUAGGAUUGAGGUCGGGGGUAAAUAAAUGCGAAAAUGAAGAAUGACUCGACCCUGUCGGGAGUAAACGUAGUGCUUGUUAUGGCCUACGGAAGCCUGGUGUUUGUGUUGUUGUUUAUCUUCGUGAAGAGGCAGAUCAUGCGGUUCGCUGUGAAGUCGCGCAGAGGCCCGCACGCGCCGGUGGGACACAACGCCCCAAGGGAUCUCAAAGAAGAGAUCGAGUCUCGGCUCUCUAAAGUGAAUAACAUCCGCUAUGAGCCACGGCUGCUGUCGGAGGACGACGACAGGCUGAAGCAUCGCGGGCAGAACGGCUGUUAUAACUAUCUGUACAGAAUGCAAGCUUUGGAUGCCAUCAGAGACACUGGCAUUGUUUGUCCUGAUCUGGCCCGCUGCCCCAGCGCUCUGACCGGCCCCCGAUACAGGAAAUGGCUGCUGGACCUGCGCAACUCUCACUCACUAAUCAAAACCAGCCACAGCAGCCUCAUCGAUCGCCUUUUGGAGGGCUACGACAAUGCUCGUCACGGCACCUCGGUGUUUGGUGAAGCGGAGUUCCUCAAAUACAAAGAAGACUUGACCGAGUUGGCUGCCCUUGUAAAGGUGCACUCCAGUUCCAGCAGCCUGAACCAGCAGCAUCAGUCUGCGGCUAAAGACUUGACGAGCUCACCUGGCCCGUCGUCAGCCUCAACCAUCCAGGUGACGUACCUGCCUUCCUCAGGCCAGCGCAGCAAGAGACCAAAACACUUCCUAGAACUCAAAAAUUUCAAGGACAACUAUAAUACACUGGAAAGCACAUUAUAGAAAUGUGUGCUUAUCCUGUCAAAUGCAUGUUAACGACAGACUGGCCUGUAGUGAAGAGGACUCGGCUAACCUUGUUCUGCAAUGUGUGAUCAUUUAAACUUUAAUGCACAAGGUACAGAAGACACAGCAAACAGGUCCUGGUCUUUGCGUUGUGCAGCAUCGACAAGCCGAAAGCCUUUUUUUGGGAGACACAGUUUAAAAGAUAAUGGGAUUGAACAGGAUUAAGGUACGACUGGUUAAAACACUUUCAGUGUCUGCCUCUGUUUUUCAGAGUUCUCUCAUUUAAAGCUGCCUUUAUGAACUAUGGAAAACACUGAUUGUAAAAUCUAAAAAAAAAAAUACUGUGACCUCUGCUGUAUAGCACUUGGUAAGCUUUCAAAUACAAAGAAUGGGAUUUAAAAAGAGCUCAGUAGCCAUUUUGAUGACUAACUUUAUGUAAUUCUCCCACACAGUCAGUACCUUACUGUAGCAACUGAUAAUAAGUUAUAAUAAUACAAUAAAGGGAAAGCUAGGAGAUGGCACAAAUGCUUGUACAUAUGUGAGGUCAUAUAACUGCACUUUAUUUGCUGUGUAAGUACAGGAGGAAUGUAAGAUAUGUGAUGGAUUUGGAACAGUGCGUUUGGGGGAUGUGCAUAUGUGACUUGAAUUAAAAGAAAACCUUGUGUCUUUGUA